CGCGUGGUGUUUUCCCCAUUGGGGGUUUAGAGCCAUGGCCACCCGGCGUUUAACAGACGCGUUCUUGUUGUUGCGGAACAACGCGAUCCAAAGCCGGCAGCUGCUGGCCGAGCAAGUGAGUAGUUACGGCUCCUCCAGCCCUCUGACUUCACGUAGCAUGGCUGCUGCGGAGCUGGAUGAGCUCGCAGAUGACCGCAUGGCACUGGUGUCGGGGAUCAGUUUAGACCCUGAAGCAGCUAUCUGUGUAACUAAGAGGCUACCUCCAAAAUGGAUUGAUGGAGUGGAAGAAAUCCGGUAUGAGGUCUCCAGGAUAAAACAGAAGAUGAAAGAAUUAGCCAGUCUGCAUGACAAGCAUUUAAACAGGCCAACUCUGGAUGACAGCAGUGAAGAAGAGCACGCAAUAGAAAUAACUACCCAAGAAAUUACACAGUUGUUCCACAGAUGUCAGCGAGCAGUCCAGACGUUACACAGCAAGUCUCGAAGCUGCACAGACCAAGAGCGGCAGCUUCUGAAGAACGUUGUGUCUUGUUUAGCGCAGUCCCUUCAGGACCUGUCUACCAGCUUUAGGCACGGGCAGUCUGACUAUCUCAAACGUAUGAAGAAUCGAGAAGAAAGAUCCAAACAUUUCUUUGACACUUCAGUUCCCCUUAUGGAUGAUGGUGAGGACACAACACUAUACGAUCGGGGCUUUACAGAUGACCAGCUAGUAUUAGUGGAACAAAACACAGUGUUGGUGGAAGAACGGGAGCGAGAAAUUCGACAAAUUGUACAGUCCAUUUCUGAUCUCAAUGAAAUUUUUAGGGACUUGGGAUCCAUGAUAGUAGAACAGGGUACAGUUCUGGAUAGAAUUGACUACAAUGUUGAACAAUCAUAUGUUAAAACAGAAGAAGGGUUGAAACAGCUACAUAAGGCUGAGCAAUACCAAAAGAAGAAUCGGAAGAUGCUUGUCAUUGUCAUUUUGUUUGUAAUAGUAGUUGUCCUUAUCGUUGUUCUCAUUGCUGUCAAAUUUCGCUAGGUAGCACUCCUGUGAUGUUUUCCUUUCUCCAUGUUUGUACGUUUCGGGAGGUGGGGGUGUUGUGCUUUUCCUCCCCCCCUCCCUUUUUUUGGUUUGUUUUGUUGCUGAUAUGAGCGGUUGAGCCUCUCACUCUGGAAAGCUGCCUUUUGAAUGAAUGUAGAAGCCCUAGUGGUGCACAGUCUGUGCAAUGUUUCUGGGGGGGACGGGACAAAACCCCUUUCUGUUUUACAUGCUAAAUGACUGCGCAGGUAGUGGUUUGCAAAAAUGUGGGCAAAAAAUAUUGGGAAUUUUGAGAAAUGCUCCCAAACUAGGCAUCUGGUUAUUUAUCCAAGAUAUAGAACACUUAAAAUGCAUCUUUAAAAUUAAGUUAUGGACUGAAAUGUUUCGGGAAAGCAUCAUAAUUUAGUUGUAUCAAGAACCCAAUAGUGUUGUUUGCCAACAUUUAUGUUACGGUUAAUCUUAGGUUUUUGUGAGCUGCCUAGGUUUCUUUUUGGACACAAUACCAAAAACUAUGGGUUGGAGGUAAAACUGCCUUAAACGUAAAAAGUGUUUGAUUUUAACUAGUUUUCCUCCAGAUUUAAGACCUGUGUAGACUAAGUGGAAGUGAAACACUUUUUAAAACAGCAGAUAAUUCAUAUCAUGUGACUUCAUACCAUUAUUAUUCCCUUGAGUGUUAUUUAGCAGUGUAAAUAUAAUGCCCCAACCAUAAUGAGUGCUACAGAAAUUUUAAAUUAUUUUCUCAGCUUCAAAUAAUCCAGAAUGUGCUUCUUCUCUCCCUGCCUUGCCCCGAACCAUGUCCUUCCCCUAAACUGAUUUAUGCACUGUUGUUGUUGUUCUACAUAUAUUAUGGAAUAUUUGAAUAUUAAGGCCACAGCUGGAAGGAAAUCUUUUGCUCUUCUUCUCCUCCUCCUCCUCUCCCCUGACCCCAAAUCUUUACCCACUAUCGUGUGAGCAUCAGUGGCGACAGCCUUCACCCCCUACUUCCAGAUACUGAAUUGGAAAAGGGAUGGUGGUUUUUCAGACAUGUAGCUUAAAUCAGAUGAAGUAAGCUAACCAAUGCCUAUAUUGGAAUCGUGAAUCUGAAUAGAAGAACUUUUGUCUUCUGUCGGGCUGUGGAAAAGCCUCAAGAGAAACGGGGGUCAACAGCUGUGAUUUAAAAUGCUGUACUACUAUGCUGGAACUCCUUGGUUCCUCUAAUGCAGCUGGCAACUCCACUGAGGGAGCAUUUUUUUAGCAGUUUUAUCUGGAUCCUAAAAGUGCUGGGCAAUUUUAGGGGCCUUUGCGUCAUUCCUUUGUUGUUGUUGUUGUUUUAAAAAGAUACCAUUCCUUUUGUGAAUAAUUUA